CUUCCUCGCAUGCCUGUGAAAUCAGUAUCCAUAGUAUUACUCUUAAUUAAGUGUGUGAAUAGCGCUUAGUUGGUUAUCGGGGUCUGGCAAAGGGGCUGCAUGCUAAGAAAUAAGUAGCAAUUAUGAGUGGGCUAGCUCGGCUGCGAAAGACUGCUUUUCUAAUGGUCUCUGCUUCGGCAAACUGUCGCAUUCAGAGAUAUCAGAGUAGCAGGACGGAAAAACAUCAAGACAGCACAUCAGCUAAUGCAUUACUGAAUCAUCUUAUCUUCAAAAUAAAGUCAACAGGACCCAUAACAGUUUCAGAGUAUAUGCGAGAAGUGUUGACCAAUCCUGUAAAGGGUUAUUAUAUGCACCAUGACAUGCUUGGAGAACAUGGAGAUUUUGUGACUUCUCCUGAAUUAAGCCAGAUAUUCGGAGAGCUUCUGGGAGUCUGGUGCAUAAGUGAAUGGAUGUCUGCUGGGAAACCAAAAUCUCUACAGCUGGUGGAACUUGGCCCUGGCAGAGGUACUCUAACUGAUGAUCUACUUAGGGUUUUUAGCAACUUUGGUCGCUUGCUAAAUUCAUGUGAUAUCUCUGUGCAUCUUGUAGAAGUGAGCCCCAAGCUUAGUGAUAUCCAGGCUCAAAGAUUAACUGGAAAAGCAAUAGAGGUGGAACUUGAUAAAAAUUCCCCAGUGUAUAAGAAAGGAAUAACCAAGACAGGAUUUCCAGUGUGCUGGUACCAAGAUAUACAGGAUGUGCCAACUGGUUUUUCUUUUUACAUAGCACAUGAAUUUUUUGAUGCAUUGCCAAUACAUAAAUUACAGAAAACAAAAGAUGGAUGGAGAGAAAUAUUAAUUGAUAUUGAUCCUGGGAUUCCUGAUAAGUUGAGAUUUGUGCUUGGCCCCAAUGUUUCACUAGUUGCAAACACUUUUGUUCAGGAUGAUGAACCAAGGGAUCAUGUUGAGGUGUGUCCUAGUGCUGCUGUAAUUAUACAGAAGCUUGCAAAUCAGAUUAACAGCUAUGGAGGAGCAGCUCUGAUAGCAGAUUAUGGUCACAUGGGAGAAAGAACAGAUACUUUCAGGGGCUUUCGUGCGCAUAAGCUUCAUGAUGUAUUAAGUAAUCCUGGCACAGCAGAUCUGACUGCAGAUGUUGAUUUUAACUUCAUGAGAAGAAUAGUUGGUGAAGCUGCUUCCUGUCUUGGUCCUGUAACACAACAUGAAUUUUUGAAAAACAUGGGAAUUGAUAUUAGGCUGAAAGUCCUUUUGGAAAAGUCCAGUGAUGUAGCUGUGCAAAAGCAGCUGAUACAUGGCUAUAAUAUACUCAUGAAUGCAGAUCAAAUGGGUCAGAGAUUUAAAUUUUUUUCAGUUGUUCCACAAAGUAGGUUAAAAACUACAAUGCCACCAGUUGCUGGUUUUAGUAAGUUACUUAUGCACUGAUCUGUUUGUUUUUAAAUAAAAUGUUUUAUUUAUACUA